GAACGGCAGUGUUCAUCUGACUGUGGAGAGGGGAGUGUGGCGCCCGUCCCGCCGGCACCUCAACACUAGCCCUCCACCACGUGUAGUCACAUACUACGCAAAGUUCACACUUGGCGUAAAAUUUUGUGAAGUUCACUGCGCCCUAACUGAGUGCUGAUUGGUCCGCAAUAUAAACCAGGUGCUGUUGAAGACCAUAAACUGAAAAUACUUAGUGUUAUUUUUUUGUAACUAUGGUGUUUUAAGUGUUAAUGAAGCGUAUCUCGGAUUGUUAGGACGAUACGUUAUAGAAAUAUUUAGUGAACUAUAUCGUGGAUUAUACUCGCAGCCACCACCUCCCAGCGAUUGUACUGCUGCUGCUCCAUGCUAUGUGAGGGGAGGCGGCGAGGAUGGUGAGAUGGGUCCAGGGGGUGCGGUGCUUCCUCCCUGGCACCCCCUGCUUCCUCCCUGGCACCCCCUGCCCCCCACAACGUCUCCUGCUGCCCCUCCUCCUCCUGCUGCUGCUCCUGGCAGCCGGACCCCUCGCUCCUGCUGCAGCGGAACCGGCCCCGCAUCCUGGCCCUGGUGACAGUGGAUGGUUCCUGGGCGUCGUGGUCGUCCUGGUCGACCUGCGGCCCUGAUUGUCGCCACCACCGCCAGAGGUCGUGCUCGUCGCCCACCCCACAGCAUGGCGGGCGUUACUGUAAUGGGGACGACUUCACCUCGGCCAACUGCACCGGCGGCAUGUGUCGUAGCGGACGAGGCUCCUCCGUCAGGAUGUAUGGGGACAAGAGUACAACAGAGGAAGCAACGGCGGCGGCAGUGCAGCAGGACAUCACGCUCAUCGUGGUGCUGGCGGUGCUGGUCCCACUCGUCCUCCUCCUCCUCGUGGUCGUCUUCCGCAAGUUCAACCGUAAGGACCGCCAAGAUGGACCCAUGUACGAGAUCGCUGCCUCAGAUUAUCCGAUGCCCUUCUACUCGGACACGGCCAAGAAACUGAAGGGCCUGGCACCUGACUUGACACAGGGAGUGGGCAUGGCUCCCCUUCCCCCUACUGCCCUUCCCCUCUGCUACGACCAUGCCUACAGCGAUCCUGCCUCCGUCUCCAGUGGUCACAAGUCCAGCGUGGGUAUGGUGGGUUCCAUCUAUGAGGAACACUACUCGGCCCCAGCAAGUGGCAGGGGUCACUCUGGUAGUGCUACUCCUGCAUCAGAGCACCACUAUGAUGUGCCCCACAUGCGCCCUUCCCAUGACUCUCCCGCGCCCUCCGAGGCCUGCCACUUGCUGCCUUCCAGAGCCCUGGUGACGCCUACUGUGGAAGGCAGCGUGGGUAGCAGGUGGUAUCAACUAUUUGUAUCUACAGAAUCAAGCUAUUAG